GCUUGUGUCAGGUGCGGGCGGAAGAUGGCGGCGGCCGCGGUGAGGGGCAUCGGGGGCGGGCUGGGCCGCGGCCUGCGGGAGCUCCGCAUCCACCUCUGCCAGCGCUCCCCGGGCAGCCGCGGCGUCAGGGAGUUCAUCGAGCAGCACUAUGUGACCCUGAAGAAGGCAAAUCCCGACUUCCCCAUCCUGAUCCGGGAGUGCUCUGGGGUGCAGCCCAAGCUGUGGGCUCGCUACGAGUUUGGCAGGGAGAAGAGCGUGUCCCUGAACAACCUCUCGGUGGAUGAAGUGGCCAAGGCCCUGGAGAACGUUGUGAAGAGCAAGGUGUGAAGAGAAGAAGGAGGCCUUGAGCUGAGGCCUGGAGUG